CACUCGCUCGCCGAGUACAAGUCUGUAAUUCACCUUCAUAGUUCACAUACUGACUGAUAGUUGAUUCUUCCCAAAAUGACAACGAGCGUCGUCCUCAGGAGCGCUCCAAAUCUAUGGGCUUCGGCCGAUACCAGUAGCAGGCACAAGCAACAGAAAACAUCUGAGUCUCAGGUGGGCUGCUGUAUCAGUAUUACGGGCAAUUCCAGUUCCUCAUUAACUUAUUGUGGUUGGCGGAAGCAGUUACUCCCUUGCCUUUCCUCCUCUCCCAGGCACAAACGCCGCACCUUCUUACCUUUGGCGUCUCUUUCGUCUUCUUCUCCUUCCUAUUCUCCCAACACCUCUACCAAGCUUUACGUCAGUGGGCUUUCAUUUCGCACCACUGAGGAGAGUUUGCGAAAUGCUUUCCAGAAUUUUGGACAACUUGUAGAAGUCAAUUUGGUGAUGGAUAGAAUAGCAAAUAGGCCAAGAGGCUUUGCUUUUCUCCGCUAUGCAACUGAAGAGGAAUCUCAAAAGGCUAUCGAGGGACUGCACGGAAAGUUUCUGGAUGGCAGAGUAAUAUUUGUUGAAGUUGCAAAGCCCAGAUCAGAGCUCCGUCAAACUCCCAAACAAAACCCAAGACAGUAUUGAAAAGUCGGCUCUAACGUCCACUUUGUUAGAAUUCUAAAUUCUCCUUCUUGUAUACUGCUGUCUCCUUCAUAGAGGAGUAAGGGUUGAGGAAUUAUGGGAUAGAAUUAAAUUUUGGGCA